UUACGUUCGCUCCUUCUUCCACGUCUUUCAGUCAUUGUUCGUUCGGUGGGGGCUAGCUAAUGUGCUAAAAGCUAACUAAGAUCUUUAAGAGGUCCUAACGUCUUUCCUCAUACACGAGGCUGUUCAAAUUCACAAACCACUCGGUAGAGUUCGUCAAAUUCACAAUGAGCAAGAGGAAAGCGCCACAGGAAUCUCCGAAUGAGGGAAUAACUGACUUUCUUGUCGAACUGGCCAAUUAUGAGAAAAAUGUCAACAGAGCUAUACACAAGUACAAUGCAUACAGGAAAGCAGCGUCUACCAUUUCAAAGUAUCCUCAAAAGAUCAAAAGUGGCGAAGAGGCCAAAAAGCUGGAUGGUGUUGGAGCUAAAAUAGCUGAAAAGAUUGAUGAGUUCCUACAAACUGGCAAACUACGGAAACUGGAAAAGAUUCGAAAUGAUGACACUAGCACUUCAAUCAACCUCCUCACCAGAGUUACUGGAAUUGGCCCCGCUGCUGCCAGGAAAUUCUUUGAAGACGGGGUGAAGACAUUAGACGAUCUUAAAAAGAUCGAGCACAAACUAAACCACCACCAACAGAUUGGACUCAAAUACUUUGAGGAGUUUGAGAAAAGGAUCCCACGUACUGAAAUGGAAAAGAUGGAGACCCUGAUUCUUGGAGAGUUGGAGGAAAUUGACUCUGAAUACAUAGGAACAAUCUGUGGAAGUUACAGGAGAGGUGCUGCCUCGAGUGGUGAUAUUGAUAUCUUGCUGACCCACCCAGACUACACUGCUGACACUGAGAAGCAGCCGAAGCUCCUCCAUGCUGUGGUUGAUCAUUUGGAGUCUAUUGGGUUUGUGACAGACACUCUGUCCAAAGGAGACACUAAGUUCAUGGGAGUCUGCCAACUGCAGCAGAAUGAUGAAGAUGAGGAAGAAUACCUCCACAGGCGCAUUGAUAUCAGAUUAAUUCCCAAGGAUCAGUACUACUGUGGAGUCCUGUAUUUCACGGGAAGUGAUAUCUUCAAUAAAAAUAUGAGAACUCAUGCUCUGGAGAAGGGCUUCACUCUUAAUGAGUACACCAUACGUCCACUUGGGGUCACUGGUGUUGCAGGGGAGCCUCUGAUGGUGGAUAGUGAGAAAGACAUCUUUGACUACAUCCAUUACAAGUACAGAGAGCCAAAGGACCGCAGCCAGUGAAAUGGCUGUUGUAUCUGUAUUUAGGGCUACAACCUGACUGCAAACAAAAUCAGAAGCGUUUUUCACAUGUGUUAUUCCAUAUAAGUAACUGAAAAGAAAACAAAUGUGAAUGUCAUUUUUAUUAUUCGUUUGGGGGGGGGGUAUCUCGAGUUCUCUAAAAUCUCUGUCAUGACAUUUUUAAACAUUCAACAAAUUUAAUUUGUUUUUUACUCAAGUCUUCUUCUCAUUGAGCAUGUAGGAAGGCUUAUGGGCUCAAAAUGUUUUAGCAGGUUUUUAAAUUAUACUCCAUGGUAAUUUAUUAUUUUGUCCAGAACACUUGCAUGCAGGUUUUUCAUAUUCCAGAAAAGGAUUCUCAUACAGCCUGAGACUAUCGGCUUUUGUUACCAUUUUUUCCUCAUCCAUCAUUAGGACCAUUUUCAUCACAACUACUGUGACAGUUGUAGCCUUCAAUACUUUGGCUGUGUUGGUGUACAGGUGUUUCAAUGAGUGGUUGUUGUUACAUGUGCAGAUGAAAGCAGUAUCGCUGCUCUAUCAGAAGUAUUUUUGUAAAGAUUCAUUCGCCAUUGAAACAUAAGUGUGUAUGUAGACCUGUAGUAUUUGUUGUUUAUUUUUGGCCAGUUUAGAAGAACAUAAUUUUCAAUUUUCCACCGGUGCUGUUUGCAUCAGUGGAAAAUUGGCUCAGUUUCUAGUUAAGGACACCAUAUUUGGACUAUGAGACAAUGUUUUUCCCCAAGUAUUUGAUGUGUGAAAAUGUCUGUUACACUGAGAAACUAGAUCUGUUGAACGAGUUUGUAUGAAGAUUUUGAUGUGCAUUGAAAUAAUGCAGAGGGACAUUUGAAAGUAAUAAAGAUAAUGAGCUGCACUGCAACAUGCAGAGGUUGUAAUGCAAACCCUGAAAUAAGGAAUAAGACCAUAAUUUUGUUUUGUAUGUUGGUGAUAUAUAAAAGAGCCGGGUUGUGAA